AAGUUUUAAACGUCAGUGGAGCUGAACUAUUUGCUGAUGUCUCGGCGUUCCCAUGAUGCAUUGCUGUGGUUGUUUGUGUUGUUGCAGACCUGGUGGCCGUCCUGUCCCCUAAAGGUCCUCUCCGGAUGUUGGUGGAGACGGCACAGGAACGCAACGAGCCCAUCUUCCCCGCCCUCAUCUACUCCUCGGCCAUGAUGUGGACGGUGGGGAUGGCGAGCCCAGCGGACGCUCAGCGCUCCGGACACGAAACAGACGAGGAGGCGGAGCAGAGCGGCAGGGGGGCGGAGCCUGAGAGCCGACAGCCCCGGCCAUUUACAGACAGCGAGCUGGAGGAAGACCGGGGGGUGAAGCUCGGCCUCGGGGAUUUCAUCUUCUACAGCGUUCUGGUCGGAAAAGCUGCAGCGACCGGCGGAGACUGGAACACCACGCUCGCCUGCUUCGUCGCCAUUCUUAUCGGUCUGUGCCUGACGCUGCUGCUGCUCGCCAUCUUUAAGAAGGCUCUGCCAGCGCUGCCCAUCUCCAUCACCUUCGGCCUGGUCUUCUACUUCUCCACUGACUUCCUGGUUCAGCCCUUCAUGGACAACCUGGCUGCCAACCAGUUCUACAUCUGAGAGCAAGGCCUGACCCCUCCCAUCUGAGAGCAAGACCCACCCCCUCCCAUCUGAGAGCAAGGCCCAUACCUCCCAUCUGAGAGCAAGGCCUGACCCCUCCCAUCUGAGAGCAAGCCCCACAUCCUCGCCAUCUGAGAGCAAGCUCUACACACUCGCCAUCACCCUCCCCCCCUC